CUCUGACCACAGCUGUUGCGUUUUUGUUUAUAAACGUUUUCCAGCGGCAUUUUAGUCAAAAACUGUCCAAUGGACGCCAAAAAGAUAUCUUUUGGCUUUAGCAAGGUGGCCAAGAAGCCAAAUAUAUUGCCCAGCAAAUUGCCAAAAGAAGAAAACAAAGUUGAGCUUAUAAAAUGCCUCGAAGGCAAGGAAAUAAGACUGGUCACUGAAAAACAAGAAGCUGCGAAGCUGGUCAUACAAAUGCCAACUAGUCAGAAAACAUCCACAGCGCUGGCAAGUCUUAUGAAAAGACGCGCUGUGCUGCUGGGUGAAGAUGAUGUAGAGCCCGAGGAAUCCUGUGUCGAGCCACAGUCCAUAGCAGAAGUAACAGCUAAUAGUGAAAGCGCCAACUUAGAACAACGCGCCGCUCGUGAGCUAAUCGCCGCCGCACUCGCUAACGGCAACGAAAUUGUGGAUGGUGAAAUGCUUGUGUUGCCGGCGCUGAAAGCUGAUGAACUUCCGCUGGAUGGUGCCAAGGAGGCAACCUUAGAUGACUAUGAUUCUAUACCAAUAGAAAAGUUUGGUCUUGCAAUGCUGCGCGGCAUGGGAUGGGUGGAUCCGCCACCAAAAAAAAAGGGUGCUGCUCCAGUGGACGAGGCGCCAUUUUUGCGACCCAAAGGCAUGGGCCUAGGCGCUGACAAGGCCUUGAAGCCAAAGGCACUGUUGGUGCAGCCGGAUAAAAAUGAAGUGUUGGAAAUCAAGAAGCAAGCAUUUGUACGAAUAUUGGGUGGCAAGCAGAAAGAUCAGUAUGGACAAAUCGAGGGUUUUGACGAUCAUGCGGGCCGUGUGAUUGUUAAAAUGGCCAUUGGAGGUGCCAAGGAGGCAUUCAAUGAGUUUCUCUGCCAACCCGUCUCGCGCAAAGAGUACUCGCAGUAUGGCAAGUGCAUAAAUACGGCCAAGUACGAGGAGUUUAAGAAGCAGGAAAACGAGCAUGGCCAAAUAAUUAUCAAGCGGGAAAAGUCAACGGAGCGAGCUAGUGUCAAAACAGAACGUCGGGAAAGACAACGUGAGGAGGAGCGCAGAUUGCAUAGAGCAAAGGACGAAGAACGGAAGCCAUAUAAAAUCGAGCAGCGCAGUGUCAAGCCUGAAGAACGACGAGCUGAGAGCAGAGACUACAAAGAAGAGUGCAGCACAUCAUAUAGGCGAGAGGAACGCAAACCUUACAAGGCGGAAGAGCGGGCCAGAGAUGAAAGCAGAAGCAGUAGUCGUUACCAUGAACAUGGUCAAGAUUCACGCCCCAGCAGCAGUUCAUCAAAAUUGAGCAGUCGGCGGCGACAGCAAAGCAGCUCUGACGAAGCCGAGGAUACGGGUGAAUCAACAGAAAGUGAUUCCGAUUCGGCAUACGAGCGCAAAAACAAAAAGUCCAAAAGUGGCAGCAGCCGAAACAAAUCCAAGAAAAGGAAGUCAAAGAAAACAAAAGGUAAAUCGCAUCGGCAAAAUCGCUCCUCGAUCAGCAGUGAGGACAGCGACAGCAGCGCAGAUGAACGUGCGCGACGUCGUCAUCCAAGUAAGCACAAAAAGAAGACGAAGAAAAGUAAACAUGCACGUUCCCGCACACGCUCACGAUCACGCGAGUGUCGUGCCAGGUAGUACAAUGAAAGAAGUCGGGUGACUCAAUUGUUGAUUCACUUCAAAACUUUAUUUUAAACAUUUAUGUAUCAUUAUUAGACGCCUAAGCGUGCAUACCUAUGCAGGAUUACAUUAAAUUUCAAUUAACUCACAAA